GUUUCUUUUUUUUCAACAUUUUCCUUAUUUGAAGAAGGACUCUCAUUGAAUAAAGAAAAAAGGUAUAUAUACAGACUACAUCAGCAGACACGUUGUGUUAUUUUCAAUACAGAGAUAUAAUACUGAUAGAUUGAUAGCCUUCUGCAGAAAUUAUGAAUGUUGUUACUAUAGCCGGUGUGAUUGUUGCCAUGGCAACUGUGAUAUGCAACACGGAUGGUUUCUACUUUGAUUCGUCUUCAUCGUCCGAUUUAGAUGAGUUCAGAUACUAUCACUACGGUCAUGGACGUCGAAUCGAUUUCGGAAGGGUUGAGGGAAAUCAACAAAGAAACGAUUCCGCCAGUGUCAGCGGAACGACUUACGACGGAAAUCGACGGACGAUCAACGACGGAGAUCGACGAACGAUGUCCUCCAACGAUUUCUAUGGAAACCGACGGAGAUACCCUUCUGACAGCCGACGGAGAUACUAUUCUGGCAGCCGACGAAGAUACCAUUCUGACAGUGAAAGCGGAGAUGUCGUCGAAAAUGUUAUAUCGAUUUACAGAGCUAUUGUUGAUGAGAUUGAUCGAAUGGGCCGGUUAAGACGAGCUCGACAGCAAGUUUACGGAAUACACUAAAAUCAAGAAACCAAACAGUUUGCCUUAUGCACAUAUUGUAUUCUACAUUCUUUUUUAAGAAAAUGUGUAUUUUGUGCAAACUUCAUUCUGAAAAUGUUAAGGAAACGAUAUCAUUUUCAUGGUAAAAAAUGAGAUACAUGUAACAUGUAUUUUGAUAGCUAUUUAAUUAAAAUGUAAAUUUAU